AUUUAACAAUUUUAUUUAGAGUUUCUAAAGAAACAAUAGUAUAAAGGGAUAAUCAACACAAGAUAAGAUACAGUUCAAUACUAUUUUGUACUUAAGUACCCAGGUAUCUAAGACCUUAAUAAGAAGAACUAACAAAAAAGGAGAUGACGUAGAUGGCACCCUCAAGCGCCCUCUUUUCAUUAUCCGCAGUACACUAAGUAAAUAGGGACUUAUUCAUACACUUUUCUCCUUAACAACUACUAAACAAUCUUCAUUUAUCAUGACUGACUACGAAACCCGACGACUCCAGAAUAUUAAGCGCAAUGAAGCACUCGUCAAAGAGCUAGGUCUACUCAAUGACGCCAACACCCAAAAUCAAGCACAACCAACACUCGAAACCGAAAACCAACCUUCCACAAAACGUCGCAAGUUCCAAACAAACCGGCCUACACGAUCAUCAACGCGGAUCGCACGUGCAUCCAAACCGCCAUCCCAUAAGCCGAGAACACGAAAUACACCCAGGCGACAAAGACGGAGAUCCGAUUCCGGGAGUGAUGAUCCGUUAGCGUUGGAUCAUCGUAGUCCGGAACCACAAUUAAAGCAGGACAAUGACUCUUUAAUUGCGGGUUGGUCGUCGUGGACUCCUGUGGCACCACCGCCGACACGUGAUGUUGAGGGGAAUUAUCAUUUUGAAUCGCACCCGUUGUUUACUCCUAAUAAAUCUCCGGAGGAUAUUAUACGAGAGGGUUCUUUUGGAGGAAGUUAUUGGCGCCCUUUAUAUUCGAAGCGGUUACGUAUUACGAUAGAGGACGAUUGGAAGGAACUUCCUGAGGCGUGGACUGAGGGUUUGGAUGUGUCGAGGUAUCUUACUAGCACAACUUACGAUCCUGAGAUUAAUAAGUAUGGUGUUCCGUGCGGACAAAGCAUUGAGGAGUGGGAAGCUGCAGGGUGGAUAGCGCAUGAGUUUGACGUGCGCGGUUGGUUCCAGUGGUACUGUCGUUUCUGGCUUGGUAGGAGGUGCGCAGAUGAUGAGCGUCAGAUUGGGAGGUGGAGGAAGUGCGUUGGUGAGACGGGGAGGUGGCGGAGAACACUACUAAAGAAGUAUGUGCAGAUGGGUAUACGGAGUGUGACUGAUGAGGGCGAUGAUGAUGGUGAAGGUGGGGGAGAUGUGAGUCCUGUGGUCCAUCAAACGUGUCAUCAUUGGGCGUGGGAGGCGAGGCAGGAAGCAUUAGAUCGAUUUUGGGAUGAGGGGAGGUGAUGUUAUCAUGCAAGUCACGAUCUUGCUUUGGACAGCCAUGGUUGAAUGCCAGAGGUUUUAAAAUUGAGGCAAAAGUUGGUAGGUAUUAAUAAGUUCUCGGUCUAUCUGAAUGGUACCGAGAAACAGGUCUACUUACUCAUCCUCAAUCCCAGUUGUCACAAAACUACUCACCGGCCACCCAUUGGCUACAUUGUACUGCCAUGGAGGUGUCGUCCCAUGAAGCUCUGAGUACUCUACCAUAGAUCCGCAACUAGUACUCGC